UUUCGUUUAACUUACAGUUAUAUCUUGGGGUAUAAUUAGGGUCAUUCCCAGGAUAAACAAGACCAGAAAGAUGAAUUGGGUCGGAGGAUCUCGGAAGCGCAUUAUGAUGAAAAAUGACACCAAGAAGCAACGGGAAUAUUUUGCCCAAAAAAGAUUGCAGAAGAAGCUUCAGACUUUGGGGCUACCCACUUCUCCCAAACGAGAGGGCAGUGGAAGCAUGGAUCUGGUUACAUUGUUCAUUGUCAACCAAAUCGCAUCAAAGAAACCAACAAACAUUCAGCCUAAAGUAGCGCACUUCAAAGACCCGAAGGGACCUAAGAAGGCCAAGCCUGGCGAGCUCCUAGCUCUACCCAUGAGCCCCUGCUCACCUUCUCGCUUGGCCCUGGCUGAGGCCCAACCCAUACACAG